CAUAUAUGCACAUGCGCACGGGAUUUCCGUUGGAGAAGAAAGUCCAAGUACUCACGUAUUCUCUACCUGAAAGCUGAAACUCAAAGCAACACGAGGAAGCGCACACGCGUUGUGUCGAGCCAAAUUUUCUGAAAUAUUGCACGCUGACAGUUCUUGUAAAUUUUCGAUACAUUAAAGUAUCAAAUAGAUUAUCAUGAUGCAACUAACAAUCCGUGGGCAGGAAACGACUGUUAUCGAGUGCCAGGGCGACGAGAAAAUAGAACACUUGAAGGAAAGAAUUGCUUGCCUUCAAGGUUUGCAAGAUGAAUUUCACUUGUAUUGCAAUGGGGCUUUGUUGUUGAAUGAAACUUGUAUCAGUGAACUUCCAUCAAAUACUCUUGAAUUGACCGUACCAUUGUUAGGAGGAAAAGUCCAUGGUUCUCUGGCAAGAGCUGGCAAAGUAAAGGCACAAACACCAAAGGUUGAAAAGCAAGAGAAAAGUAAGAAAAAAACUGGUCGUGCCAAACGGCGCAUCCAAUAUAACCGUAGGUUUGUCAAUGUUGUACAAACCUUUGGCCGCCGACGUGGACCUAAUGCAAAUACAACUUCUUAAGAAACGUAUAUUGUACUGUACUAUUGAUUGUUUAGAUAUUUAUCAAUAAUUUUGUUAAAGUAAAAUAUGUAUGCUUUUAAUAAAAUAAAAUCAUAAUUUUGAAGUUUUUAUAUGA